CUGCUUAUCUCGCCUCCACACGCUCAUCUUGAUCCUGAUUCUGAUCAUCAUCGCCAAACCCCAUAGGCAGCCCAGCGCUUCCUCUUACAUUCUUUCUCUUGGAUUGACGUCUACUCAACAUCCUCCUUUCUUCAAUACCUCACCGACGCUCCUUACGAGAAGAACCAGCUUCUUCUUCGCAAAACACUCGUUUUUUUAGGCAAUAGAAAAGCCAGGACAUUCUUUGUGCAUUUGAAGAGAGUAUCGAUUACUCUAGGGAAACGGACAAGAAAAAGCGAAUAUAACCUCAACCAAUUUCAACCUGUUGAUAUUUACACACAUACAACCAACCAAACAACAACAACUUCACCACCUUCAAGAUGAAGUUCACCCCAGCCAUCGCCGCGAUGGUCCUUGCGGGCUCCGCUGAUGCUUUCUGGCGCAUGGAGUGCCGUGGUCGUUCGGGUCUUGCUCGUCUCGAUCCCCUCGUGAACCCAGGAGUUGCGUCUGCCCACGCCCACACCAUCUUUGGUUCUUCCGGCUUCACCGCCACCUCUGGCAGUGAUGAUCUCCUCGCUGGCGACUGCACCUCGUGCGCCGUCACCGAGGACAAGUCCGCCUACUGGACUCCUCCCAUGUACUUCAAGGACGCUGCUACUGGCCAGUACAAGCUCGUCACCCAAGUUGGAGGCAUGCUUUCCUACUACUUCCUCAACUACGCCCCCGGCGAGACCAAGAUCACCGCCUUCCCCCACGGCAUGGAGAUGAUCGCAGGCGACUCCAACCAGCGCAACUUCACGGCCGGCGAGACCGCCCCAACCACCCAAAAGGGCCUCGCCCAAAAAGCCCUCGGCUUCAACUGCCUCAACUACAACCUGGCCGCCGAGGGCUCCCUCUACCGCCACUUCAUGCCCGACAAGGCCUACCUCGACGCCAACUGCAAGGACGGCAUCCGCGCCGAGCUCAUGUUCCCCUCGUGCUGGAACGGCAAGGACGUCACCUCCGCCAACAAGAUGGACCACGUCGCAUACCCCUCCUCCGUCAUGGACGGCACAUGCCCCGAGGGCUUCCCCAUCCGCCUCCCGGGUCUCUUCUACGAGACGAUAUGGAACACAGCCGAGUUCGACGGCGUGGACGGCGAGUUCGUCUUCUCCAACGGUGAUCCCACCGGCUACGGAUACCACGGCGAUUUCAUCAUGGGCUGGGAAGAGGACUUCCUCCAGUCCGCUGUCGAUACCUGCACCAACCUCUCCGGCCGCAUCGAGGACUGCCCCUUGUUCACUAUCCAGACUGAUGCCGUCGCCCAGACGUGCCUGAUCAAGGAGCCUACUGGAAUCCUCGCUUCUGUCCUCGCGGCUGAGAACCUCGUGGGACCUAUCCCCAGCCUUCCAGGUGGCGUGAAGCUCACCCCUGGCCCGGAUUACGUCGUCAAGGGCGCUGCUCCCGUCGCUGACGCUUCCACCGUGGUUGUCCCCACCCUUUCUCACUCUGCUGGAUCUACCGUCGCCCCCUCUGCCACCGCGGCACCAGGUGGCAUCUUCAAGGAGAACAACGCUGCUAUCGUCAAGGUUGCUGAUGUUGAGCCCCCGGCAACCACUGAGAAGCCUACGCUCGUCCUUGCUGCGAACCAGAAGAUUAGCUCGACUAGCUAUAUCACCCAGGGUGGGAGCGUGGUGGAGGUUAUUGUCAUUGAGGAGUUGACUACUGUUAUGGAUGAUGUGCAGACAAUGACAGUUACUGCUGCGUCGAGGAAGCGCGCGCACCGCCACGGUCGCCGCCACAACUAAGUCCAGUCCAGUACAGUGCGGAAGUUUCUGUUGGGUUUGGAUGUGAAGUGAUGGGAUUGGGUUGUUGAUGAGGGGGGUUAUGUUAUGAGGGGGGUUGUUUUGUGGAGGAGGGAGUUGUCUUUUAUCUUAUUCAUGCUACUUUAUUCUUUCUGCCUUCUAUGCGUUUUCGGGUUCCCCCCCCCCUUUCCACUCUUUGUCUCUCUAGAUGCGUCGUUAAGGCUUUCGUGCUCGUGCGGUUGGGUCUGAGACUGGGCUGUGCUGUAGCUGGGGCUGAUGGAACUGGGAGUUUUUUGAGUCUUGGGGGGGAGGGAUUGGAAGGGGGUUGGGUGGGGAGAUGAUG